AUGCCGACUCAACUAACACCAUUAACCAAAAUAAAGAAGUGGGAUGCCAAUUCGGUGAGGGACACUUACAUCAAUUACUUCAAAGCCAAUGGUCAUCGCUUCGUUCCAUCUUCACCUGUUAUUCCUUUUGAGGACCCGACUUUGUUGUUUACGAAUGCUGGUAUGAAUCAAUACAAGCCAAUCUUUUUGGGAAUCAUUGAUCCUUCCAGUGAUUUCUAUGGGUUAGAAAGGGCUGUCAAUUCUCAAAAAUGUAUACGUGCAGGUGGUAAACACAACGAUUUGGAGGAUGUCGGGAAAGAUUCUUACCACCACACUUUCUUUGAAAUGUUGGGAAACUGGUCUUUUGGCGAUUACUUUAAAGAAAAAGCCAUUUUUUAUGCUUGGGACCUUUUAACCAGGGAAUAUGGCUUGGACCCAGGAAGAAUGUACGUCACUUAUUUUGAAGGUGAUGAGAAAUUAGGAUUGGAACCUGACUUGGAGUCCAGAGACAUUUGGCUUAAAAUUGGGCUUCCAAAAGACCAUAUAUUACCAGGAGACGCUAAAGAUAACUUCUGGGAAAUGGGCGACAAAGGUCCCUGUGGCCCAUGUUCUGAAUUACAUUACGAUAGAAUUGGUGGAGGUAGAGAUGCUGCGCAUUUGGUUAACAAGGACGAUCCAAACGUUUUGGAAAUUUGGAACAUCGUGUUCAUUCAAUUCAAUAGAAUUUCUCCGACCGAAUUGAAAACAUUGCCAAGCAAACAUAUUGACACUGGUAUGGGUUUCGAAAGAUUGGUUUCUAUCUUGCAAGAUGUCAAAUCCAACUAUGAUACCGAUAUUUUCCUUCCUUUAUUCGAAGCCAUCCAGGAAAUUGCCAAUGUUAGGUAUUACGGUAGAAAGUUUGGCAAGGACGAUGUAGAUAUGAUCGAUACCUCUUAUAGAGUUUUGGCCGAUCAUGUCAGAACCUUGUCGUUUGCUAUUGCUGAAGGGGGUAUUCCAAAUAAUGAAGGUAGAGGAUACGUUUUGAGAAGAAUUCUAAGAAGAGGUGCUAGAUAUGCCAGAAAAUACUUGAAGUUUCCCAUUGGAGAGAAACCUUUUUUCAGCUUAUUAUUUACAACUUUGGCCAAACAAGUUGAAGUAAUCUUCCCUGAAUUGCAAAAAAACGCUGAUUUCAUCAAAAAAGUAAUGGACGAGGAAGAACUAUCUUUCGCCAAGACUUUGGAUAAAGGUGAAAAAUUAUUUGAGUCUCAUGUUAAGAAUUGCAUUGCUACCGGAUACAAGAUGUUGGAUGGCAAAGAACUUUGGAAACUAUAUGAUACUUUUGGGUUUCCGGUUGAUUUAACCCAGUUGAUGGCGGACGAGGCUGGCUUGACUAUUGAUCAAGAAAGUUUUGAACAGGCCAAGAAACUUUCCUAUGAAGCUUCAAAAUUGAAAGCUGGUAGUCAGAAAACUUCUGAAAUAGUUAUUUUGAAUGUCCAUGCUCUUGACAAAUUGCAAAAAAAAUUGAAUAUUACGAAAACUAAUGAUUCAUUCAAGUAUACCACCAACAAUAUUAAUGCGACGGUAUUAGCCAUUUACUAUGAUGGAAGCUUUGUUAAUGAAGCUGACAGUGGCUCUAAUAAUCUUGGAAUAAUCUUAGAUAAAACUCCGUUUUACGCCGAGUCUGGUGGUCAGGAAUGUGAUACCGGGAUUUUUUUCAGCGAAAAUUGUGAAUUCCAAGUUACUAAUGUUCAAAGAUAUGGCGGCUAUAUAUUGCACACAGGAGUUUUAAGAAAAGGUUUAAUUUCCGUGAAAGAUGAGGGUAUUGCUUCAUUUGAUAAUUCUAGGAGAAUUCCAAUCAAUAAGAACCAUACUGGUACUCAUGUCUUGAACCUUGCUUUGAGGAAAACUUUGGGGGAAACUUAUCAAAGAGGCUCUUCGGUUUCCAAAGAAAAAUUAAGAUUUGACUUCUCCCACGAUCGAUCGCUAUCGUUGGAAGAAAUUUCCAACAUUGAAGGAAGAUGCAAUGAAGAAAUUGAUAAAAAUUUAUUUGUAUAUUACGCAGAUAUUGAAUUGCCAGUGGCUAAGAAAAUCACUGGAAUAAGAUCUGUGUUUGGAGAAACGUACCCAAAUCCGGUAAGGGUGGUGUCUAUUGGCAUUCCAGUUGAAGACUUGGCUUCUGAUCCAGAAAAUCCAGAUUGGAUCAAUUAUUCUAUUGAGUGUUGUGGUGGUACCCAUGUUACAUCCACGAUAAUUAUAAAGAAAAUGGUAAUAACCGAACAAGUUGGUAUUGCUAAAGGUAUUAGACGCAUAACUGCUGCUUCUGGCAACAAGGCAAUUGAAAUACAAAUGUUAUCUCAACAUUUUUCUGAAAGAAUUGAAUUUUUAACACACAUGAAGUUUGGUGAUGCAAAGAAGAAAGAACUCAAACAAUUCAAAGCUGAGUUAAGUACAUCACUGCUUUCAAUUUUGGAUAAAUAUGAAUUGACUAAAAGGUUUAACGAAAUCGAUAAAGAAUUCAAGUACGAGGUUAAGAAGGUCCAAAAGAAAGAUAGUGACCAAGUCUUGAGUUUUAUAAAAGAUUAUUUUUCUAAUUCCAAAAAACAAUAUCUCGUCAAGUAUUUGAACGGAAUCACAUCUUCAAACUUGAAGAUCAUUAAUGAUUCCCUCAAUUAUAUGGAACAUCACCAGCCUUCAAAAUCAAUUUGCUUGAUUGUCGGGGAUGAGGCUAACAAGACUUUGGUUCAUGGUUCUUAUAUUUGCAAUGAGGCAACCAAUAAAGGUUUGAAAGCCCUUGAUGUUUCGAGCCUUGUUUCUGCCCACGUGGGUGGUAAAUCAGGGGGUAAAGGAAAUGUUUGUCAAGGGACUGGUAUGCACUUUGAAUACAUUGAUGAAGCCGUCGACGAGGUCACGAAGUUGUUUAGAGAAAUAUUGUGA